CCGAGUCGGAGCAGCAUGGAGCGGCGGAGCGAGAGCCCGUGUCUGCGGGACAGCCCCGACCGGCGGAGCGGCAGCCCCGACGUCAAGGGGCCUCCCCCGGUGAAGGUGGCCCGGCUGGAGCAGAACGGCAGCCCCAUGGGAGCCCGCGGGAGGCCCAACGGCGCCGUGGCCAAGGCCGUGGGAGGUUUGAUGAUUCCUGUCUUUUGUGUGGUGGAGCAGUUGGAUGGCUCUCUUGAAUAUGACAACAGAGAAGAACAUGCAGAGUUCGUUCUGGUUCGAAAAGAUGUGCUUUUUAGCCAGCUGGUGGAGACCGCGCUCCUGGCCCUGGGGUACUCGCACAGCUCUGCAGCUCAGGCGCAAGGAAUAAUCAAGCUGGGGAGGUGGAACCCUCUGCCCCUCAGCUACGUGACAGAUGCACCCGACGCCACGGUGGCCGAUAUGCUCCAGGAUGUCUAUCAUGUCGUGACGUUGAAAAUCCAAUUACAAAGUUGUUCGAAGUUGGAAGACUUGCCUGCGGAGCAGUGGAACCAUGCCACAGUCCGCAAUGCCUUAAAGGAACUGCUCAAAGAGAUGAACCAGAGCACAUUAGCCAAAGAAUGCCCUCUCUCCCAGAGUAUGAUUUCAUCCAUUGUAAAUAGCACAUAUUAUGCCAACGUGUCAGCAACCAAGUGCCAGGAGUUUGGGAGAUGGUAUAAGAAGUACAAGAAGAUUAAAGUGGAAAGAGUGGAACGAGAAAACCUUUCAGACUAUUGUGUUCUGGGCCAGCGUCCAAUGCAUUUACCAAAUAUGAACCAGCUGGCAUCCUUGGGGAAAACCAACGAACAGUCUCCUCAUAGCCAAAUCCACCACAGUACUCCAAUCCGAAACCAAGUGCCCGCGUUACAGCCCAUCAUGAGCCCUGGUCUUCUUUCUCCCCAGCUCAGUCCACAACUUGUUAGGCAACAAAUAGCCAUGGCCCAUCUGAUAAACCAACAGAUUGCUGUUAGCCGGCUCCUGGCUCACCAGCAUCCUCAAGCCAUCAACCAGCAGUUCCUGAACCAUCCGCCCAUUCCCAGAGCAGUUAAGCCAGAGCCAACCAACUCUUCCGUAGAAGUUUCUCCAGAUAUCUACCAGCAAGUCAGAGAUGAGCUGAAGAGGGCCAGUGUGUCCCAAGCUGUCUUUGCAAGAGUGGCAUUCAACCGCACACAGGGAUUGUUGUCUGAGAUUUUGCGUAAGGAAGAAGACCCUCGGACAGCCUCUCAGUCUCUUUUAGUAAACUUGAGGGCCAUGCAGAAUUUCCUCAAUCUGCCGGAAGUGGAGCGGGAUCGCAUAUACCAGGACGAGAGAGAGCGGAGCAUGAACCCCAAUGUGAGCAUGGUCUCAUCAGCCUCUAGCAGUCCCAGCUCCUCCCGAACCCCUCAGGCCAAAACCUCGACACCGACAACAGACCUCCCCAUUAAGGUGGACGGCGCCAACGUCAACAUCACAGCUGCCAUUUAUGACGAGAUCCAACAGGAGAUGAAAAGGGCCAAGGUGUCUCAAGCCCUGUUUGCCAAAGUGGCUGCAAAUAAAAGUCAGGGCUGGUUGUGCGAACUGCUCCGCUGGAAGGAGAACCCCAGCCCAGAGAACCGCACCCUCUGGGAGAACCUCUGUACCAUCCGUCGCUUCCUGAACCUUCCCCAGCAUGAGAGGGAUGUGAUCUAUGAGGAAGAGUCGAGACAUCACCACAGUGAGCGCAUGCAGCAUGUGGUCCAGCUUCCCCCUGAGCCAGUGCAGGUCCUUCAUAGGCAGCAGUCUCAGCCAGCCAAGGAGAGUUCCCCCCCCAGAGAAGAAGCUCCUCCCCCACCUCCUCCGACGGAAGACAGUUGUGCCAAAAAGCCCCGGUCUCGCACAAAGAUCUCCCUGGAAGCCCUGGGGAUCCUCCAAAGCUUUAUCCAUGAUGUGGGCCUGUACCCUGAUCAGGAGGCGAUCCACACGCUUUCUGCUCAGCUGGAUCUCCCCAAACACACCAUCAUCAAGUUCUUCCAGAACCAGCGGUAUCAUGUGAAGCAUCACGGGAAGCUCAAGGAACACCUGGGUUCCGCGGUGGAUGUGGCCGAGUAUAAGGACGAGGAGCUGCUGACGGAGUCCGAGGAGAAUGACAGCGAGGAAGGCUCUGAGGAGAUGUACAAAGUGGAGGCCGAGGAGGAAAAUGCGGAAAAAAGCAAGGCCGCGCCUGCUGAAAUUGACCAGAGAUAA